AUGGCAGAGAAAACUCUAAUUCAGGACGAUAAGGAGGUUGCAAGAGAGCUGUUCACGAUGAUUAAGCACGAUACCACUGCGAUAGAGACGGGUCUUGACGGAAGCAUUAGUGGUGUGGGAACAGACAGAGGCCAAAAGUUGCUGGUGGCGGAGCACUUUUCUGAUAUGGGAUUGUCAGAUGAGCUUUUAAAAGCCAUUUAUAACCAAGGGUUUGAAAAGCCAAGCCUGAUCCAAAAGUCAGCAAUUCCCCACAUUCUUAGAGGACACAAUGUUGUGGUGCAAAGCAAGAGCGGAACUGGAAAAACAAUAGCCUACACAUGUGGUGUUCUUGGAAACACAAAAAUCGGAGAGAGAACGCAGGUGAUGGUAGUAACACCUACCAGAGAGCUAAGCACUCAGGUCACGGAGGUCAUUUCCGGGCUGGCCGGGCCUCUUGGAAUAAAGGUCUUUUCAGCAUUGAAGAACAAGAUCACAGACUCCAUUGGAGAGGAAGUUGUGGUUGGAAGCCCUGGAACGAUUCUGAAGCUUAUGGAGCUUGGAAAGCUAAACUAUAAAGGAGUAAAGAUGAUAGUUCUUGACGAGGCGGACAUCCUGCUUGACAAAGACAUGAUGGGAACACAGACAUUUAGAAUACUUAAGCUUAUUUCCGGUGCACAGAUGAUUUUCUUCUCUGCAACAUUUUCCGAGCAGGUAAAGCAGACGAUCGAGUUCUAUGCUCCCGAUGCAGUCAAGAUGUAUGAGGAGCGCAACGGAAAGCCUGACGAGAUUAAGUUAUUCUAUAUAGAGGCAGAAGGAGAAAACAAGAGAAGGGCCCUGAAAUCACUGUAUGAAUAUCUUUCGAUCAGCCAAAUGAUCAUAUUUGUAAGCACAAAGGCAACAGUUAACUAUCUAAGAAAAAAGCUCGAGGACGAUCUGCAUUCUGUAUCAUGUCUGCAUGGAGAUCUGGAGAUUGAAGAAAGAGAAAAGGCGGUUGGUGACUUCAGAAGCUCUAAAAGUAAGAUUCUUCUCACAACAGAUGUUUUUUCAAGGGGAAUGGACAUCCCGCAGGUCAAUCUGAUUGUGAAUUAUGAUCUCCCAAUAUAUAGGGGUGUCGCGUCUACACAAACGUACAUCCACAGGAUAGGACGGUCUGGGAGAUUUGGAAGGACGGGGUUUGUGGUGGACUUUGUUCGAGAUGAGGAACUGGAGGCAUAUCUGAGCUUCCAAAAGGAGCUGAAGUUUGCAUCAAAGAAAUUUACGAUCAGGGCACUGGAAGAGGUUGCAGAGGAGCUUGGUUAG